UUUUCAAUUUUUCUUUGACCCGGAGAACAGGUGAGAAAACUGGCAGUUUUGUCUAUAUAUUUAUCCAGGGUGUCUGGCAAGCUCAUUCAUCAUUGGGAUUCAUCCACUUCCUUGUGGCCUGCUGCUGCUUCAUAAUGCAAUUGGCUUCACUUCGUCAAGCUCGACGCUGAACACAUUUUUUGGCACUAACACUCACUGCGACCAUCGUCGAGCUCGCUCUCGCUCUCUUCUCCCGAGAGCUAGCAGCGAGGUCGUCUCUAGAGGAAGCUCACCAUGGCUGAAAAUCUGGCGUCCUCCAUGGCUAACCUGCGCACGCCCAGCUCUGGGGGGAUGAUUGUUUCUUUCGGGGAGCUCCUCAUCGACUUCGUGUCAACAGUUGCCGGUGUAUCGUUGGCUGAUGCGCCAGCUUUUAAGAAAGCCCCCGGGGGAGCCCCUGCCAAUGUCGCCGUGGGAGUUAGCAGGCUUGGCGGUCGCUCAGCCUUCAUUGGGAAAGUAGGCGACGAUGAGUUCGGGCGCAUGCUGGCGGACGUGCUGGAGAAGAAUGGUGUGAACGUCAAGGGACUGCGCUUCGACAUCGUCGCGCGCACCGCACUCGCUUUCGUUGCGCUGAAAGAAUGCGGGGAACGGGAAUUCAUGUUCUUCCGAAACCCAAGCGCGGACAUGCUUAUGGUCCCCUCAGAUCUCGACGAGGGAUUGAUCCGAAACGCCGAGGUGUUCCACUACGGGUCGAUCUCGUUGAUAUCCGAGCCGUCGCGCUCGACGCAUCUAGCGGCCAUGAAGCUGGCGAAGCAGAGUGGAGCACUGAUGUCUUAUGACCCCAACUUGCGGUUGGCGCUCUGGCCAUCCCCCGAGGCUGCUCGGAGGGAGAUUUUGAACAUCUGGAAUGAGGCCGACAUUAUCAAAGUUUCGGACGAGGAGGUGAAAUUCCUGACCAACGGAGGGGAUGACAAGUUGGACGAGGUGGUGCUCGGGACUCUGUGGCACGACAAGCUGAAGCUCCUGCUGGUCACUGAUGGCCCCGAAGGGUGUCGGUACUACACCCCCACGUUCAAGGGCCACGUCGACUCCUUCAAGGUGGCGGCAAUCGACACUACGGGAGCGGGCGACGCUUUCGUCGCGGGAUUGUUACAAACCCUUGCGCAAAACAAGAGCAUCUUGUCCGACGAGCCGGCGUUGCGAGCUGCAUUGCGGUUUGCGUGUGCGUGCGGGGCGAUCACGACCACCGAGCGGGGCGCAAUCCCCGCCAUGCCGGACUUGGCCGCGGUGACGAGGUUUAUGGGUACCGUGGCCGCUUGAAUCGGGGCCAUUUCCAUGCAACCGAGUGAAUUCCGAGAACCUAAAUGGAUAGUAUCCUCAGGUGAUAGGAUUAAUAUUUCUAGAGAUAACGAUAUCGCUCAAUUUACGUCUCCAGGAGUAGUGCUGAAAAACAACGCUAGUUGUUGUGUCUCCGGUACGCCGAGGAGGGGUCAUCCUUGCCCACCGGGAUUCAGCUGUAACGAUGUCUGCUAUCGCUCUCUUCUUGGGAGCUCACGCAUUAUACAAAUCAAACAAAUCAUUCAAAUCCUCGCACCGAUCU